AUGAACACAUGUUGUUUUUUUAUGGAGUUUCUCUUUCCUUACACAUAUAUAUAUAUAUUUACUUUGCUAUCAACCUUGAAGCAAAAUAUCACUCUCUCGACUGCUUGUGUUUUUUCCCCUUUUGCUUCGUGUUGUAAACACGCGCGAUUAAAUUUAAUAGCAGUUCGUAAACUUCUUUCUUGUGCUCUAUCAUUGUAUAGACUCAACACAACCUAAGCUUACCCAAGUGCGGAUUGGUCUAGUAAAUCCUAUUAGAAGGGUAA